AUGAAGUUCGCCAUCACUUUCGCUCUAGCAGCUCUGCUGAGCACCGUCGCUGCUCAAGGUCUGGGAGAUCUGCCCGACUGUUCGAAAUCCUGUGCUACAGGUUCAAUUCCCCAGAGCUGCGGCAUUGACUUCAAGUGCGUCUGCGAGUCCAAGUCCUUCUUGGCCGAUGUCGCCUGCUGCAUCGCUGAUAAAUGCUCCAAGGCGGACCAGGAUACAACCAUCAAGGUCGCCAAGUCAAUCUGUGCCCGGGGUGGUGUGACCGAUCUGCCCACCGAAGUUGUCUGCUCGAGCAGCAAGUCGAGUUCCAGCUCUGGAACAAGCACCAGCUCUAGCUCCAGCUCGACUGACACUGAGACCACCGGUGCGACUAAGACCUCGGAUUCGACUACUGUGACAGGCACCAAGGCUUCUACCACAGCCUCGAACAGUGCCUCGUCCGCCUCUGCUGCGGCCACUAGCACUGGUGUCGCUCCUCUUAUCCACAAGGAUUCUUCGCUCGUGGCCGCUGCUGGUGCUGCAGCGGCGUUUGCCAUUCUGAUCUAG